AUGCUGCGGUAUACGGUGAUGGCGGUGCGCUGGCAGGGCUACCGGGCGCAUUACUCGCCAGACGUGCAGCUGAACGGGUACCUGUACAGUACCCUCCUCACGGCCUACACGCUGCUGCCAUCGUACGUCUUGAAUGGGCAGGAGUUCUACGUGUCGGAGACGGUCCUCGACCAGUGCCGGUCGCUGCAGUCCAUCUUCAGGGAGACCUGCCAGGAGCUCCGACGCCAGUUCGAGAGCCUGCAGCCCUGCUCCCUGGUGCAGAUCCGCAACGACGUGCGGCGCUCCCUGGCGUAUUUCGACCGAAGCUGGGUCCGGUUCGAGAUGCCCGCCCUCGAGGAGAUCGAGGCCAUCCACCGGCAGGCCUGCCGGCCCCUCAUCGAGGCCAUCGAGGCCGAGCGGACCUUGCUAGAGUGCGAGGGCAAAGCCCUGUCGGCGCCCGCGGGCGGCCGCGAGAAACCCGCCGCGGCAGCUGGGACACAGCGCCUGCGCCUCGACGUGGCUCGGGGCAGGCUCAUGGAGAAGGUCUGCGUACUCAACAGGCUCGCGAACAUCGAGGGCAAGGGGCGCGGCGACAUGUGCGCCGCGUGCGUCGCCGAGGCAGAACGCAUCGUGGCGCGCUCUGGCCGCCCGCGUGGGCAGCCCCGCCGGGGGGCCAGGCGGGGGGACGCGCGGACGCACGAAGGCCUGGCGCCCGGCGCCGUCUCUGGCGCCGCCUCGCCG